CUUAUCAAUUUGAACGUAUCGCAUCCAAUCCUUGCAUCCGCCAAGCGAUCGGUUUGGUACUUUAGUUUGAGGAACUAUCCCUAUCCUGUGCCAAGUGGCCGGGCUUACACAUCCGGAUUUCGAACGAUAACCAAGAGGCCUCAUUGAGUCAAUCUUAGUCGUCUCGAAGGAAACAUGUUGCUACAUUAGGAUAGCAUAUCUCCAACGCCACCUUGCUGUUGGGAACUUCAACUUGUUUGAGUCGCCAUGUUCAUGUGCCCUCGGAGCAGCGUCUUAGCCGCUUGGCCAAUAUUACUAGCAUGUACUGGUUCGGCUGUAUCGCAGUCUACCUGUACUGAAAAUGUCACAUUAUCGACGGGCGCCGAGGCCCAAUCUCUCAGCGAGCGCUGUAAAAUCCUGGAUGGCAGCAUCACACUUCCUGGUAACUUGUCUGAGAGUAUCAAUCUAGACGGCCUUGAAGAAAUUAGGGGCGAUUUCACGAUGGAAUUUUCUUAUUCUGGGGAUUCCGGAUAUUCCAUUCAGUAUGAGCCUUACUACGGGCCAUCGUACGAAAUAAGUAGCUCUACGCUCCAGACAGUUGGCGGUGUAGUGCAAUUCGGUUUGGGUAGCACCGGACUCGCUUACCCUGAAGAUUACCAAGCACCAAGUCUUGGAAACGUAUCAUUCCCGAGCCUCAUGAACAUCAGCGCAGGGGUGGAAAUUGCGGCGCCCAAUCUUACGCAUAUCGACUUAACGAGCUUACAGUAUUUUACUUUCUUUAGUCUCAGCACGCCACAGCUCGCACAACUGCAACUGCGGCACGUCAAGGGCUUAAACGACAAUAUUCACUGGCUUAAUAAUGUUGGUUUGGAGAGCAUCGGUAAUGUUGAAUCCCUUGAUGGCUUAUUCAGUGAGCCGAUUGAUCAGACGAGCUCAAACCUGCUACACGACGAUGGCAUUUGGCAGACGGUUUACUUUGGAAAGCAACCCCCGCACCACUAUCCGAACAACUACCCGUAUGGAACAAGCGCAAAUGGGCCAGCUCCAAGUCUUCGAAACCUUACCAUUGGAUGGGAACAGCUUCAAUCAACCAGAUUCACUGACAUGAAUCUCACUCUCACGUUGGGCGGCACAAUGACGGAAUCAAUGACAAUCAAAAUCAUGGUGUUGGAGCGCGGCAACUACAAACUACAACGAGGUCCUGCUGUCAAACACCUCGCUGUACUGGCUUUUCGAGCUGACAAUGACUUCGAUAACACCGACUUAGUGCUUCCCUUUGAUCAGGUGGACGAGGUGUACAUUAACAGCACAGAGCUUCAAUCGAUAACGCUACCCCAGGAAGCAGAGAAUUGGACUCGCCCAAUUUUCGAGCUACACGCUCCCAAAUUGAGGCUUGACAGCUCAACCACUUGGCAUUGGCCACUUCACAUGGACCGCCUUGUUAUAGAAGCAGGUACUAUAACUGAUGACUUUUUUGAAUCGUUUACCCAGAAGGAAAUAGAAGUUAGAUAUGAGGUUCAGAUUGUUGACCAUAGCAAAACACUUGACUGCUCAAAGCUUUAUAGGGAGGGCGAUGGACACCCCUGGGUCUUUCACUGUGAAGAUAAAUAUGACGAUCUACUAGAGCUGCAAAAGUCCUUGACUCGCGACUCAAUUCCUUUUUAGCCUUGGUGGCUGACUUUGACUCUAUAUACAAUUGGACUGCUAAUCCUGACCGCCUGGUCUCAGUUAUCUGUUUCAAGAAGCAAAGUCUGUAU